CUCCGUUAAGGGGACAUUUCUGAGGGACUAGUGUCAAGGAACUGUUCCUCCGGGGCCACCGCAGAGGAAGUGUCGCCGAGGAGUUGCUUCUGCGGUGGUGGUGGUGGUGGGGGGGGGGGGUGACGACCCUUCUGCAGAACCACUCCCUAGAGGUCAUCUGGGAGGGGCUGUUGCUAAGAGGUCGUCUCCAGGGACCAUUCUUUAAGGGCUGUUGAUAAGGGGCUAUUGCGGGGCAACAGUCCAUUCCUUUGCUGAAGUCUCAUCCUGAGGGGCGUUCCUGGACUGACAAGAGAGCUAACUUCUGUCUCCCAGUAUGGAAGAACCUACUGCCCAGUUCUCUGACGAGGAGCUGAUGGACAACUUCCUCGCCAUGGACGAUGAGCGAAUCCAGUUAGAGGCUCCCGAGUUUGAGGUGGAACCUCUUCCUGUGGGAUUUGAGGACGCCACUGCCCUAGGAUGUAGCUGUUUAGCAAAAGAGGAGGAAGGGAACACUGCGAAGAUGAAGAAGACAACCAUUAAAGACAAAGUGGAGGCAUUUCAUCUUCGCAAGAGCUUGAACCUCCUAGACAAACUGCAUGAGGAAAAGGACCUUUUUAUUCAGAAGACUAGAGGGGAGCUGCGUGUCUGUCGUCAGAGGAUGGACCUGCUCAACAAGCAACAGGAGAGCUUGGCGGCUGAGAUCUCAGCAGAGAGAGACGCCAACAACAUGGCUGCUAUGAGUCGUCUCCAGGCUGCAUCCAGACGCUUGCACACAGAGCUGGAGAAUGAAAAAGAUCUGCAGUCCAAGAUCACGGCCAUGCUGAAGGACAGCGAGAAUGCCAUGUGGCACAUUGAGAUCCAGAAGGGGCAAUUUGAGGAUUUCCGGAAGCGUAAUGAAGAAGAGGCAGAAGCUAGGCAGAGGAGCCUUGAGAUACACGCAGCUCAGCAGCUUCAGAAGGAGAAAGAAACCCUGGAGAGGGUGGAGAGGAACCGUCUGCUGAGGGCCCGGAAGUCCUUGCAUGUGCAGAAGGAGCUGGGGCAGAAACAUCAGAAACUGGUGGAAGACGCCCAGAGAAACCACAGGAUUGCCGUGAAGUUCCUGAAGGCCUCUCUGGGAAGAAUUCGAGAGCGAGAGCAGGAGGAGGAGAUGGAGUCCCGCAAGCACAUGAAACGGCGUAUGGAUGCUGUGCUGGCGUUGAAGAACAGCAUCACUGCCAGUCGGGAAACACUCAAGAAGUUCCAAGCCUGGGGCCAGAGCAGGGCAGAGCUGGCUAAGCAGAAGGCCCUUACGGAGAAGGAGGUGAUCCUGGCCCAAGGUGGCGACGCGUUCAAGCACCUUGUUCAUCAGCGCAGGCACCAGGAGCUGGAAGCCCAGAAGCGGGCUUUUGAAGAGGAGCAGAAACUCCGGAAGCAGGAGAUUGUAAGUCGAAUCUUGAAAGAGGAAGCUGAGGAAGAAAACAGGAAAAAGAAACAGCAUCCGCCCUCUAAAGCCACAGACGGAUGGACUCUGCGGGACAAGACCUGGAAGUACAUCUCCGACUUCUGCGAGGGGAAGACAGCGAUGCCCGCAAGUCACCUGCUGCGAGCUCAUCUCUUCCGCUGGCAGGAAAACGAGAUAGCCUUACACCCCAAGCCUACCUGUCUGCUGAAAGCCAUAUCCAGUGAGUCUAUGCAGAUGGACCUGGGGAGCAUUAGUACCGAGGAGGAGGUCCUGGCUGAACCUGAUAUCCCCGGGCUUUGGAGCAAAGAGUACAAGACACACCAGGUGUCCAAGAAGGACAUGGAACAGAAACCUGUGGGUGGUACCAAGAUGGACAAGGACAUCCUGGCUCGCACGAUGGAGCAGCUGCGCAGUGGGGUGGUCCAUAAGCAGGUGGUCUCUGGGAGGGAGUUCAAGGGUCGCCCGUUCAACAGCAAGCCCGAGGUCAUUCACUUCAAGGACUUUGAUAUUGGCAAAGUGUACAAGAAGAAGAUCACAUUGAUAAAUGCUACUUACACAAUCAACUAUUGUAAGCUGGUGGGUGUGGAGGAGGGCCUGAAGGACUUCAUCCAUAUCGACUUUGACCCCCCUGGUCCCAUGUCAGCCGGGAUGUCCUGUGAAGUUCUGGUCACCUUCAAGCCUAUGAUAAAUAAAGAUCUGGAAGGAAAUGUUUCAUUUUUGGCUCAGACAGGCAGCUUUUCUGUUCCACUGAAAUGUUCAACGAAGAAAUGUUCUCUGUCCCUUGACAAGGAGCUCAUUGAGUUUGGCAGCUAUGUGGUGGGUGAGACCACGUCCCGGACCAUCACACUGACCAAUGUUGGGGGCCUGGGCACCAGAUUCAAGUUUCUCCUGGAUUCUGAGUUCUUUGAGAUGGAAGAACCCCAACCCAUCAUGAAAAUAAGCAGCCUCUACACCUGUGAGGACAAAAGUCUCUAUGAGAAGAUCAUUACCAGUCUCUCUGAGCAACAGCUUGAUAUCAAUGAGUCCUCCCCAGUGGACAUCCCGAGCCGAAAAGAAUCCGAGAAAGAUGAAACAGAGAUUGUACCUGCGGCCAGUGUCAUAACCAUGGCUCCCAGUGAGGAACAGGCAGAGAUAACCUUGGGGGAGGUGACAGAGGGAGAAAUCGGCCCCUUCAGUUCCGUCAAAAUACCCAUUAUCUUCACCCCAGUUAUCCCAGGAGAGGUCCAGACUAAGUUCAAGGUUAUGUUUAAGAAUUCGCAGUGUCCCACGUUAUAUUUCAGGGCCACGGGUAUUGCUGUCGAUGUGCCAGUCUGGGUGCCGAGGGCCACUGUGGACCUGAAAAUCUGUAUGUACGAUCGACUCUACCAGGACUCCAUCAUUGUCCACACAAGAUCAAAAGCAGCCCUGCGCCUAAAGUUUGAAGUCUGCAAGGAGCUGAGAGGCCACAUAGAGCUUGUGCCAGAAACAGGCUACAUCCAGGCCCAGUCCUCCUACUCGGUACAGCUCAAGUUCCUGCCUCGACACUCCCUCCCUGAGGAUGCAGGGAAGUAUUUUGACGAGAACAGUCGCGUUCUGGAGGCUCCAAUGACAAUCUGGGUGGCUGACCAGAACAAACCGGUGGGGUUCACUGUCCAAGCCGUCGUCACUACCUCAGACUUGGAAAUCAGCCCCUUGGAGAUAAACUUUGGCUACUGCACCAUCUAUGAGGCUAUCAGGACAGAAAUAAGCCUCAGCAACCUCUCACUGCUGCCCCAGGAGUUUGGGUUCGUCGGACUUCCAAAGUAUGUGGACAUCCAGCCCAAUGAUGGGUUCGGGACAAUUUUGCCGCUGGAAACUUUGCAACUUGAUGUGAUCUUCCAGCCCAUUAAGGCCAAGGAAUACAGAUUUGAGCUGAUUUGCAAAUCCGAAAUAAACCGGUGCUUCAAGGUGUCUUGCCAAGCAGUGGGUGUCCACCCACCCCUGGAGCUGUCCCACUACCAGAUCAAGUUUUCAGCCACGGCCCUGUGUGGCACCACUGUGUCUAGACUGUACGUCAUCAAUUCUCACCUGAGCAUGAACAAACUGACCCACUCCUUGCCUCGAAUUGGGUCUGAGGAAGCCACCCCAGUGGGACCCACAUCCUUUGAGUUCUUGCCGCCCCCUAAUUCGCCCAUCACCAUCUCUCCAUCCGUGGGGACCGUGUUGCCAGGAAAGAAGUGUUUGGUCCAAGUGGUCUUCCAGCCUGUGCUGCCUCAUGAGGUAAUCCUGAAGGAAGCCAUGCAGAUCCUGAACAAGGAAAAGGAGAACAAACUGUUCCAAAAAGAAACAGUCCAAAGGAAGGAAACAUGGAAACCAUCAAUGCCUGUGGUUCGGGUUCACAACCGGGACCGACCAACCCGGGCCUCCACACCCCACACUCAAGAGCUGCAUAGGCAGGAGCUCAGUGUCAGCUCCAAUGAAUACCAAGCUGCACAAGCCAACUUGGCCAGAUCCUUCCAGGGGAAGUUUGACAGGAUUGUGGUCCCCUGUGUUGUUGCCAGUGGUGACAUCAAAGACAGGAAGGAAUUGGAACCUCUGAGCUUCAGCCCCCAUAAUACUCUAUAUCUGGAGCUAUGGUGCCCAGCAGUGGCUCCGUCCAUUGUGCUGACAUCCAACAAAGGCAAUAGUGUCCUUAACUUUGGUGACAUUGCUGUAGGGCAUCGAAGUAUAAAGAAGAUCACCUUCCAGAACAUUUCCCCUGAGGACCUUGCUUUGGAGUUCUCAGUGCUGAGCCCCAGUGGCCCCUUCGUUCUGAUAAACCCCUCCAAGAAGCUGUGUUCUGGCGAGUCACAAACCCUGGCACUGUCCUUCUCUCCCCGUGAGAGCACGCAGGUUCAAGAAAUCCUGGACAUCAUCACCAAGAGAGACACCCUCAGCCUCACCCUGACCGGCACAGGUGUGGCAUCCAUGAUCACAUGCUCCAUUGAAGGCAACAUCCUCAACAUGGGCUAUGUGCUUGCCAGAGAAUCUGUCUCAACAACUUUUAAGCUACAGAAUGAAUCCUCACUUCUUAUUAAGUUCUGGAUGCAGCUGGAGAGUCUCUCCAGAAAAAGGGAUGAGACCCGGCAGCAGCUACCCAAGUUCCUUACCUCCCGUGAGCAGAGGACUGAGAUUGUUGGCACACAGAACCACAACGGGCAGAGCGUAUUCAGUGUUGCUCCAGUUGAGGGACUCAUGUACCCUGGGAAGGCUCAAGAAUUCACUGUAACCUUCAGUCCAGACCAUGAGAGCCUCUACUUUUCUGACCUGCUCCACGUGGUGCUCUUUGAGAAGAAAGUCUUCCAUCAGAUCCUCCUGAAGGGUGCUGCCCGUGAGCACAUGAUGUUUGUGGAGGGAGGAGACCCACUGGAUGUGCCUGUGGAGUCCCUGACAGUGAUCCCUGCCUUGGACACAGAACAUAGAGAGGCUAGAUCUCCCUCUCCAGAAGCUGAGGAGAUAAAGCCCAUUCUGGUGACCUUGAACUACGUCCAGUUUGACACAGACACGCCAAUCCCACCUGCCACCCGAGAGCUGCAAGUAGGCUGUAUCCGGACUACCCAGCCGUCACCAAGGAAGUGGUCUCAAUGCCUCGCAGACUGUGGAGUUCAGCCUGGAUGGUGUGGCAUGGCUGCAGCACAAGGGCUUCUCUAUCGAGCCAUCCAGGGCUUCUGUGGAGCGCGGUCAGACCAAGACCAUCAGCAUCUCCUGGGUACCACCUGCUGACUUUGAUCCGGACCAUCCACUCAUGGUGUCAACCCUGCUGCAGCUCCGGGGAGACGGAAAGGAAACCUACAAAGUCAUCUUUGUAGCCCAGGUGGUGGCUGGGAUCUGAGGUCAGAGGAACCCGCAGAGCCUCUUGGACCCUCCCACCCACCCUUGAACUCCUUCCCAGCCUUGUGGGCCAGGGACCUGGGCAUUUCCUGCUGGGCAGGUUCAAAUGAACAGCCCUAGAGACAGAGCUCCCCUGCCCUAGAGACAUGGCUACUUCCUGCUGCCCUGAAAACAACAAGACUCCCCAGCCAUACAUGCAAGCCAAGAAAUACUAAUCCAUCCUCACACAGCCUGUUCCUAGAUGCCCCACCUCCACCCCCAGAUCCCAAGCCCACCAGCACCUCCUCAGGCUUUAGAGAUCCCAGGAGAUAGCGCAGGCCUGUCAAUAAACUCUAAGAACCAACAGAAGUGUGCAGUGGUCGGGGUGGGGUGGGGGGCUGGCUAAGCACAAAGUAGGGUGGGAGGAGAGCCUGGGGGAAGCCUGACCUACUCUCCCCGCUCACAGACCCCAACCCAUAAAACAGUGUUCUGUCUAGUGAGAACCUUCCAGAGGGUGCAGUCUUGCCAGAUAGCUAGAGGGACCCUGACUCAGUCACUGGAAGAUCCCUCCAGAUCAUGCAGUUCAGGUGCUGGGGGUGCAGAGCCAGGGUUGAGCCUGGUCCAGACCUGGAAAGGUGAGGGAGGAGAAGGGGAGGACAAGAGGUGUCAAAGCCCAGAGAAAGUCCCCUAAGUCUCCCAGCUCCUCCCAAGUCCCAGAAACCUAGAUGAUCCCACCCUAGGGAUGGGCAGGCACGAAGGGGGCCCAGCUUGUGAGUUUCGGUUUACAUUUGUCUGAAAAGAACAGAUUUUGCCUUCCAGGCCCUAGGCCACCCAGCCAUACUCCUGCUCCAGCAUGGCGCCAACACAGCUUAUCGGACGCUUUCCAUCCAGCCAACCCUCCUAUCCAUGCAGCGUGACUACACCCCAUGGGGACAAGCUACCAAGAGAGCCUUCUCAGCCUUCCUCGGCCUGGCAGGGCCAUGGCGGGUGAUGGAUCUGGGUGCUCUCCUGAACACUGCUCUGUGUUCUGUCCUUAGAGCCCUUGAUACCUUGACGCCUGGCAUCGCCCCUAAGGGAGCCAGCAACAUUUGCAGGAUUUCUGCUCAGUGACCUUGGAGGUACAGUGCCCCAGGCCUCCGCUGCCGUGACUGGAGCUGACCCUUGACCUGUUUCCAGGUCAGAUGGGUGGCAAGAAAGCAGCUCCACUAAACCAGUCUGAGAUUCGUGAGGACAUGCUCUGGGGAGAAAGCACUACCCCAGGCAGGCCACGCUAUCCCACCUAAGUCCUCUCUUCUCUGGACCCCAGGCUCUGAUCUGGGCCUCCGGCUGCACUUUCUUCCUAGUCUGGUGCUGUACCCCUCCCCCAGCACCAAGCAUAGCUAAGGCAGAGCAAAGGAGGGAAAUAAAACAGGAGAGAAGUUCACCAGUCUCUGGCAGAACGGGCCCUUGACGGCAAACACAGGUCAGCUGUAGACAGAACCCUGAAGGACUCUCCAGUGAGGGAGAAAACCUGAGUGUGAAAACAGUGAAGAAACAGAGGCAGAAGGGAGGGCAGGUGCACCUCCUGUCCUUAAUCAGACCGCCCCUGCAGUCUGAUCCCUGAAAGGCAGAGCAGCCUGGCAGAGGACCUAGCCUGAAGGAGGAAAGAUUAAUAAACUCCCCGGGAAGAAGUGGCCGCUUCAGCAGUAGAAGAAGCAGGCAUUUCAGGUUGAGGGAGAGGGCUGGAAAGUGGUCUGUUUGCCGCGCCUCAGCAGCCCGGAGCCAGGGGCUGGCUCCAGAUGUAUCCCCGUGGAGGACGCAUAGCAAGCGUCCUUGAAGGGCGGUUUGGAAAGCUAAACCCCAGUUUAUUAAUGGUGUAGACCCCACCCCUUUUACCUAGAGGAUUGUGGAGUAUGAGGGUGGAACAAACCAACGCAACCCACAAGUUUCAGGAGACCUGGUUUGUGAAUGGGGAUGGGAAAAUGGAGGAUAGGGG